AGCUAUGACAACGCUGUCCUUUGCAACUGCUCUCUUGGUGAUAGUUUCUGUCACGUUACACAUAUUCGGCUGAAAUCACAGAGUCUCCCGGGGACUCUCCCGCCAGAACUGGUGAGGCUACCUCACCUCACAGAGAUUGACCUCACUCGCAAUUACCUUAACGGUACAAUCCCUCCAGAAUGGGGCUCCAUGCAACUUUCCAUAAUUUCGGUUUUUGGAAAUCGUUUGACGGGUACAAUCCCACCAGAGCUAGGAAACAUUACCACUCUCCGGAGUUUGGAUCUGGAAAUCAGUUCUCUGGAAAUCUUCCUCCGGAGCUUGGAAAUCUUACCCAGAUUGAAAGAUUGCUGCUUAACUCCAAUAAUUUUACUGGAGAGUUACCUACCACAUUAGCCAAUCUCACUGCAUUGCGGGAGUUUGGAAUUUGCGACAAUCAAUUUUCUGGAAAGAUACCGGAUUUUAUUCAGAACUGGAAGAGUCUCGAGAGAAUGAGGAUUCAAGGGAGUGGUUUAAGCGGCCCAAUUCCUUCUGCAAUUUCACUUCUAGAAAAUCUAACUGAAUUGAUAAUUAGUGAUCUGAAUGGAUCUGAAUAUUCGGCGCCUUUGCCAGAACUUGGUAAAAUAAGGAAGUUGGAAAGACUGAUAUUGAGGAAUUGCAAUAUUAAUGGAACUAUACCUGAAUAUCUUGGGAACAUGACAGCUAUAAAAACUAUAGACCUCAGCUUCAACAAAUUGAGCGGACAUGUUCCAAACAGCUUUGCAAACCUGAAGAGAGAAUACAUAUUUUUGACAGAAAACCUUCUCGAUGGACCAAUACCUCCAUGGAUAGGUAACGCGCCGGAAACAAUUGAUAUAGAUCUUUCAUACAAUAAUUUCAGCGUCGAUAGCUCAGGGCAGCAGGCAUGUUCAAAAGAAAAUGUGAACAUUUUUACAAACUCGUCAACAGGCGACUUGGGAAAGCCUGUGUGCUCGAGAAGCAGCAGCUGUUCUAGAAGAUGGCGCUCUCUCUAUAUAAACUGUGGUGGAACCGUGGCAACAGUCAGUGGAAAUAAAGCAUAUGAAGAUGAUUCAAAUAAAGCUGGACCGGCUAGAUUCCUCCAGCCGGGUGAAAACUGGGCUCUUAGCACCACUGGUUAUUACUUGGAUAGUACAGCUAAUUCAAACAAGCUUGUAUAUUCAAAUGGGUCGAGGCUUUCUAAGAUCGAUGCUCAGCUGUAUAUGAAUGCACGCGUUUCUCCCAUUUCUUUGACUUAUUAUGGGUUUUGCCUAGAAAAUGGAAACUACAGAGUAAACCUCCAUUUUGCAGAGAUAGUGUUCACUGACGAUCAAACAUAUGGCAGCCUUGGAAGACGUAUAUUCGACGUCUACAUUCAGGGAAAGUUGGUGCUAAAGAAUUUCAAUAUUGCUGAAGAAGCAGGAGGAUUUGGGAAGGCAAUAACAAGGCCAUUCCCUACUGUUGUCACUGGUAAUACCUUGGAGAUUAGAUUAUAUUGGGCUGGAAAAGGGACAACUGCCAUCCCAUUUAAAUCAGUAUAUGGUCCUCUUAUAUCAGCUAUAACAGUGGAUUCUGACUUUGGAGAAAAUGGAAUAUCUCCAGGGGCUGUUGCAGGAAUUGUUGCUGCAGGAGUAGUUAUUGUGAUCCUGGUAUUUGGUGUACUUUGGUGGAGAGGCUGUAUAGGACCAAGAAGUCCGCUAGCCAAAGCAGAUCUUAAGGGCUUGGAUCUUAAAACUGGCAUAUUCACCUUGAGGGAUAUCAAAGCAGCAACCAACAACUUCAAUGCAGCUAAUAAGAUUGGAGAAGGAGGGUUUGGUUCUGUUUAUAAGGGCAUUCUCCCAAAUGGCACAAUGAUCGCAGUUAAGCAGCUAUCUGCUAAAUCAAGACAAGGGAAUCGUGAAUUUAUAAAUGAAAUAGGCAUGAUUUCUGCAUUGCAACACCCCUGUCUUGUAAAGCUUUAUGGCUGUUGUGUUGAUGGUGAUCAAUUAUUGUUAAUAUAUGAGUUCAUGGAUAACAAUAGCCUCGCUCGUGCUCUAUUUGGCCCAGAAGAAUUUCAGUUAAAAAUGGAUUGGCCAACAAGGCACAAGAUUUGUGUUGGUAUUGCUAGAGGUUUGGCUUACAUUCAUGAAGAAUCAAGAUUGAAGAUCGUCCAUAGAGACAUCAAGGCUACUAAUGUGUUGCUUGAUAAAGAUCUCAAUCCCAAAAUAUCUGAUUUUGGUUUAGCAAAGCUUGUUGAAGAGGAUGAUACACAUAUAAGCACUCGAAUUGCUGGCACUUAUGGAUAUAUGGCACCUGAAUAUGCAAUGCAUGGUUAUUUAACCGACAAAGCAGAUAUCUAUAGUUUUGGAAUUGUUGCUUUAGAAAUUGUCAGUGGGAAGAGUAACACCAUUCACCUAGCAAGGGAGGAAGCAUUCUAUCUUCUUGACUGGGCACGUCUCUUGAAACAAAAAGGAAAAUUAAUGGAGUUAGUUGAUCGAAGGUUGGGAUCAGACCUUGACAAAGAGGGGGCAAUGAUGAUGAUUCAAGUGGGUCUCCUGUGCACCAAUGUCAGCCCAGCGCACAGGCCUACCAUGUCUACAGUGGUAAGCAUUCUUGAAGGCAAAAGUGUAGUUGAGGAGAUAGUUACAGAGUCAAGUGAUGUAUUGGAUGAGAAGAAGUUGGAGAUGAUGAGGAUGUAUUACAAUGAGAUAGAAGAAAAUAGGAUGACUGAGAUUCAAGGGCCAAGUACAUCAUCAGCGGACGAGCCAUUUGCUUCAUCAACAUCAGCAACAGAUCUCUAUCCUCUACAUUUGGACUCCUCUUACUGGGAUAAAAGGUCCUAGAGAAUCUUAAUUAUUAUCUUUAAUUUCUUUCUUAUAUAAUUUCUCUUUAAAAUUUAAUUAAUAAAUAUAUUUGUAAAAUAAAUUUAAUGUUAAUCGACUU